UUCGCUCAAAUUAUGUUCCAUUUUAGGGUCUUUCUUUCGCGUGAUUCCCCCGCAUUGAGAUGCUUCAAGAAGGGCGGCGAUGGCGAUCACUGGCGCCGGGAGUGAAGCCGGGCGAUCGAUCGAUCUGGUUCUUGGAGCAUCUGAGAGGGAUAUUUUAGGCGAUUUCCGCCGCGUUAGCUGCUUCUUAGGCGACGAGACGAUGAAUUCUUGGAGGAUUCUUUAGUUCUUCGUUAGCAAUCUUGCAGGUUUUGGUAGCAAAGAUGAGCACGGCAGUGCAUGGCACCAACAAGAACCCUCCUAAGCGCGGGCCUUCUCUCUCGAGAAAAAAGACGCCACCGGAGAAUGGCGGCAGCGCUCUGCAAAAAUCGCGCAGUGGCAGUGGCGGGAUGAUCUCAUCGGGUGGGACAGCGGAACGCACAGUGAAAAAGCUGAGACUUUCCAAGGCCUUGACUGUUCCCGAUGGAACAUCGGUCGCGGAUGCAUGCAAGCGAAUGGCGAAUCGCAGGGUUGACGCUGCUUUGCUUACGAAUUCGAGUGCUCUUCUUUGUGGAAUCAUCACUGAUAAGGACGUCGCAACUCGAGUGAUUGCUGAAGGCUUGAGACCCGAAGAUACUCCCGUUUCGAAAGUGAUGACACGGAAUCCUACCUUUGUUAUGAGCGAUUCUUUGGCGGUGGACGCACUUCAAAAAAUGGUUCAGGGAAAGUUCAGACACUUGCCUGUCGUAGACAAUGGCGAGGUGAUUGCACUUUUAGACAUCACGAAGUGCCUGUAUGACGCUAUAGUGCGCAUGGAGCGGUCUGCAUUGAAGGGUAACGCGAUUGCAGCAGCUGUGGAGGACGUUGAACGUCAAUGGGGAAACACGUUUUCUGGGCAGUCAAAUUUCGUUGAGACAUUGAAAGAGAGAAUGUUUAGGCCGACGUUAGGAACACUAGUUAAUGAGAAUACGAAAGUAGCCACUGUUGCGCCCGGUGAUAGCGUUUUUACUGCGACAAAGAAGAUGCGUGAAUUGAAGGUUAACUCCGUAGUAGUAACUGUUGGAAACAAGCCUGUGGGUAUUCUCACAUCCAAGGACGUGUUAAUGCGAGUAGUUGCAGUUGGUGUUGCUGCUGAUAUACCAGUUGAAAAGAUUAUGACGACAAAUCCAGAAUGUGCAAACUUGGAAAUGACGAUAGUGGACGCCCUCCAUACUAUGCACGAUGGCAAAUUUCUCCAUUUGCCAGUGAUAAAUAAAGAUGGUCAUGUUGUAUCUUGUGUUGACGUUCUUCAUAUUACGCAUUCAGCUUUCGCAACGGUUGGCUCUACUCCAGGACUAGGGGAUGGAGGAAUGAUGCAAAAAUUCUGGGAUUCAGCUUUUGGACUAGAACAGUCUACCGAAGACGACGAUGAUUCCAGAAGUGAUGUUUCAGCUAGACUGCAUCUUCAUGCUGAGGGAGGAAAGGGUUCAGCAAACACAUUUUCAUUUAAGCUAGAAGACAAGAAGGGCCGAGUCCAUCGGUUCCAAUGCGGCUCUGAAACUCUAGUCGAUUUGGUUGCCGCCAUAAAGAACCGAGUGGGGAUAGAUGUUCCACAAAUACUGUACGAAGACGACGAAGGGGAUAGGGUGUUACUCGCUACGGACAGCGAUCUUGUAGAUGCACUGCGAUUUGCUAAAGUCUCGGGCUCAAAGGGCUUGCGGUUGUUCCUGGACGAGUCGACCGAGAGCCCCACUGCCGUAACAAAAAAGAAAACUCCCAGACCAGCUGGUAGGGUACCAUCGUCCUUCGACUUCGCAUUCAAAGAGAGCUGGCCUGCGUCUACGACGACGGCAACUAUUGCUGCGGGUGCAGCUAUGGUGGUUGGAUUCAGUCUCCUGGCAUACCUGAGAAGGUCCAACCCGUAAGUAGCAUCAGAAAAACAUCGAAUAAGUUGAUCAACUUCUUCCUCUUCGCAUAAAAAGCUCUAAAGGAAGGCUGGGCAACGUAAAGGUUUAAGCUGUGCCAUAGAACUUUGUAGUUCUGACCGAGUUUUUCUUGCGGCUUGUGGUGCAGAGAAGCUCUGCUCACGAAAACGAAGUCGUUGAUAUCACACCUCAAACCGAAGCAACGGCAGCGCAUAAGAUUUGUUUGGCUGUCCGAUGAUAAGUUCCCUUAACUUACAUGCUUUGGAUUCACUA